AUGAGGCCAAUGUCGAUGCUUCUCCGAUCACAGUGUCUCCUGUGUGCGUUUGUUAGUGUGUGCGUGCCAGGAGCGCUGGGCUCGCUGCCUCAAGCUCUGCCAUGGCACGUCCCCUGCCCGGGGCGGUGCGUGUGUCACAUCAAGCCGUGGUUCUCGCCCGACUCCGUUUACCACGAAGCUCCGACGGUGGACUGCAAUGAUCUGUUACUGACCGGCGUCCCCUCGCCCUUGCCCUUAAGCACACACACCUUGCACCUUCAGGGGAACAAUCUAUCGGAAAUGGACGCGGUCGCGCUGCGCCGGCUCCCCAACCUCACCGAUCUCGACCUUUCGCAGAAUGACUUGGGCUGCGUCAGGGUGAUUACACAAAACUUGUCUCUGCCCUCUCUACUGUCCCUCCACCUGGAGGAGAACCAACUCAGCCAUCUGCCAGAAACCUCCUUCUCCUCACUGCUGGCUUUACAGGAGCUCUUUCUCAGCCAUAAUAAUUUGCGUUCGAUAGCACCCGGAGCCUUCGCCGGUCUCAACGCUCUGCUUCGCCUGCAUCUUAAUAACAACAGACUCAGGAAUAUUGAUCCCAGGUGGUUCGGAGAUUUGCAGAAGCUAGAAGUUCUCAUGCUCGGGGGGAACCCGGUAGAGACCUUGCCGGAACAGGGCUUCUACGCCUUGAGAUCCCUUCGCAGCCUUGUUCUCGGCGGCAUGGGUUUGAGAGGCUUGGCUGAUAAUGCUCUGGUGGGGUUGGAGGAUCUGGAAAGCCUGUCCUUCUACGAUAACCUGCUGAGCAAGGUUCCUUCUCGGGCUCUGCGGCGAGCAAAAGGGUUAAAGUUUCUAGACCUUAACAAGAACCGAAUUAAAGUGAUCAAGACGGGAGACUUGCGAGACAUGCGUCAUCUGAAGGAGCUGGGCCUGAACAACAUGGAAGAACUGAUGUCCAUUGAGAGGGCGGCGCUAGAAAACCUCCCGGAGCUCACCAAAUUGGAAAUCACCAACAACCCACGACUGUCGUUCAUUCACCCGGAGGCUUUCGCAAAUCUGAGCAGGCUUGAAAGUCUUAUGCUCAACUCAAACUGCCUCAGUACUCUGCACCGCCACACCAUGAACUCGCUGCCCAGACUGCAGGAGGUCAGCUUGCACUCCAACCCGCUACGCUGCGACUGCUCGUUCCACUGGGCCGCGCAGGAUGCCACCAGCGAGCGGCAAACGUCUCGGGCGGUGCGCUUCAUUCAACCCCGGGCGACGUUGUGCUCAGAACCCCCGGAACUAAAGGCUCGCAGGGUGAGAGAAGUGUCGACCAGGGAAAUGUCAACCUCUUGCCUCCCGACAAUCCCCGCCGCUUCGCUUCCCUCCAACGUGGGUGUCAGAGAAGGAGGGAAGCUGCUUUUGCACUGUCGAGCUCUCGCAGAUCCACAGCCGCAACUUUACUGGGUGACUCCCUCGGGAUCGAGACUCGGACCCGCUUCGCGUAACGUAUCGGAUGGACCAUCAGGUUCUUCUCUCACCGCCGCGGAAAGAAUCGCCUACCCGUCGGCUUCCAGCCGGGCAGAAGGCCAUUCUUCCACCAAACGCUACCGGCUCUUGCCUGAGGGAACGCUGGAGAUCAGAAAGGUCACCUCCAGAGAGGCUGGCCUGUACACCUGCGUCGCCGAGAACGCUCUAGGUGCAGAUACGCGCAGCGUCACUGUGACCGUCCGAAGCAGGGAGAAGACGAAGAAGAGGGCGGUGGCUUAUAACCCAAAGGGACAUUGGUCACCCGGCGCUGAGACAAAGCUAAAAAUGAUAGCGGCUGGAGAACACUUUGCGAUAUUGUCUUGGCAGAAUAGGCGCAAUUACCCCUCCGCUCGUUUAUCCUGGCAAGCCGUGAGCCCGGAGGCACCCGCGUACACCACGCGCGUCCUCGCUGGCGCGCGCAGUUUCAACCUCACCCAACUGCAGGCGGAGACAUUUUACAGGGUUUGUUUACAUUCGGGGACCAGCGGGGCUAACGACAGGAAAGGCAAAGCAAGCGGGAGACCUCGCUGCGUCUCGUUCCGAACGAAGAGAGCGGCAAAGACUGGAACCGGCCCGCAGCUCGGCCCCGAGCUGGCGGCCACACUUCUGAUGAUCCUCGCGCUCGCACUGAUGUUGCUGGCCGGCCAAAGAUGGGACAGAGUUCAUCUCCGAGAAGUUAAAAGUCAUAAGGCUCUGAUCGUGGUGCAGAAGAUUGGAGGGAACGACGAGAAAAAGCAUGAGCAAAUUGAAAAACAUCUUUUCCAUCACGACUGCUGA